AUGGAUCCAGACAAGGUUCCUUCCCAGGACCGGUACGGUUCAUCCCAAAGCCGACACCCCUCCACCUUAACCACUCGCGUAGGAGGUGUUCCCAGUGCCCCUCAAUCCCCUUAUUCACGUACGCCCAAAAGGAGGACGCAGGACUCAUUGUCAUUUUCAUUUCCCCCGCUCUUCCAGCCCAACACAUCGUCCACAUCACUUGUUCCUUCGACGGCCGAGGGAAAGCCUAUACCUCUGGACGACAAUACCGCAGCACACCGUACUUCAGCCCUCCGCGAACUCAAUAGCAACUACCCUUCUCGUCACCGCUAUGCCAAGUCAACCGGUGCACAGAGCAGCACUUACUCUCAGCCCGUCAUUGUGAGGACCUACUCUGGGUCACAUACUCGCACCACAAGUACCAACCACAGCAACGGCAUAGGCGUAGGCGGGCUCGGCCCUCAGACGGUCUCGCCCAUUGCGAGCGGUCCCGCAGCUUCCGUGAGGCGCAUCAUAGCUCUUCGGACCCCAUUCGGCGGAAGCAAGCCGACUCAGCAUGUCGGUCUGAGCAUGGCCAGAGGAAUGGCAAAGAAGCGGCUGGAAGGCCAGGAUGCCCUGGCCAAGCUCCCACCCGUCGAAGCAUACAGCUUCAAGAGCAUGAUGGCCAACAUUGAGGCCCAGGAGGGAGAGAACGACAUCAACGCCGACCUCGAUCGUAUCGCCGAGAUAUGUGCCCGGUCGCGAUACUCCUUGAGCAACCAGUAUGAGGUCCAUGUUGCUCCUCACGGCUCCGGCGCGUCUUUUGUAAGCCACGCCUCGUCAUCCAGGCGCCAGCGCCAAACUGCUGGUCCAACAUUGGAGGCCGUCGUGUCGGACGACGAGCGCAAACAGAAGAAGAGGCGAGGUGGCGGCAGGAGAAGAAGUAUAGCAAUGGGUACACUUGAAACCAUUAUGUCUUCAAGCCGGUCUUCUGAGGAAGACAAGUCAAAGAAGAAAUCGGCCGCAGAGCUCACGGCUGAGGUACGGGGCAGAACGGCAAAAAUGUCUUCGGGCAUCACUUCCCCGACUUCAUCCGUCAGUGAAGGCGAGGGACAAUCGAGGAAACCUCGGAAGGGCCAGCCUCCGCCGCUUGUGAGACGAAAGUCGUCCUCAUUCGCCACGGCCAUGUUGGAGAGCACACGCCAGAACUUGACGACCAACACUGCCUCACCGCGGAGCUCGGCCACGGGACUGGUCAGCGAACCGGCUCUGCCAAAAACCUCGACCAGUCAUCUCGAGGUCCGAACUGAUGUCGAGGAAGGCGUAGCACAUCACCAUUAUCAGGCACCCAAGGGCUCGGAUCAAGGACCCCGGACCGAUGUUCUUGAGCCUCAAGACCCCAAGACGCUAUCCCAGCCCGAUCAGUCGAAGACGCCGACGGGGCUCCUUGGUGGCCUGACCGGUUGGGUGCCGUGGAGGCUGCCACCUAUUGUGGGACUAGGCUCAGCCUCUGCUCAAGGCGGCGUUUCGAGGAGCCAUGCCGAGGGGAGCUUGCGGGAUUUGCUAAAAACGACUGAUAUCAAGAGCAAAGGGAAGACCAUUGAGGGUCAUUCCUAA